GGCCAGGGUGGCUCAGCGCGCUGCCCCUUUAAGACUUAGGAUUUGGGAGUGACGCGGAUUCGAGAGCUAGUUUGUCCCCGUUUCCUUCGCAAUGAAAAAUAUUUGGACUAACUAGAUUACAACUGUCAGCAGAAGUUGAUUGGUUAAUUAUAAAUUUGGAUUUACACCAUUAGCUAACGGAACUAUCAUCGUGGUGCGUGCUGUUUCUUUUCCAUUUCUUCUUUCUUUCGCUUUUUGUUUUUCUUUUUUUUUUGUAUUUUUUUCUAACCACGUCGGGAUUCUACUCGGGCCGUCCUCGGAACUGCUGUGAUAACUUUGGAGAAGUUCUUUGUAUUCGUGGGACAGCUUGGCAAACAAGCUGAACAUGGAUUGGGGCACUGAGCUUUGGGACCAAUAUGACAUCAUAGAGAAGCACACACAGUCUGGCCUGGAGCUGGUGGAGAAGUAUGUGAAAUUUGUGAAGGAGAGGACAGAGAUUGAGCAAAACUAUGCCAAACAACUGAGGAAUCUCUCAAAGAAAUAUAACCAAAAACGAGGCAGCAAAGAUGAACCAGAGUGCAGGUUGUCAAGCUACCAGUCCUUUUUGGACAUCCUGAAUGAGAUGAACGACUAUGCGGGGCAAAGAGAGCUAAUUGCUGAGAACUUGAUGAUGAACAUUUGCAUCGAUCUUACUAAGUACCUGCAAGAGCUCAAGCAGGAACGAAAGACGUAUCUGAUGGAGGCCAAGAAGGCCCAGCAGAGUUUGGAGAGCACCUACAAACAGCUUGACAGUAGUAAAAAACGUUUUGAGAGGGAGUGGAGAGAAGCAGAGCGUUCAGCACAAUACGCAGAGAAGACGGAUCAGGACAUAAAUGCCACAAAAGCUGAUGUUGAAAAAGCCAAACAGCAGGCUCAUAUGAGAGCACACAUUGCAGAGGAGUGUAAGAACGACUACGCUGCCCAGCUCCAGAAAUACAACAAAGAGCAGAGCCAGUUCUAUUUUAAUGACAUGCCUCUCAUAUUCAAUAAAUUGCAGGAUCUGGAUGAGAAGCGAGUACGGAAGCUGGCACAAGGUUAUGUCUUGUUCUCAGACACAGAGAAACAUGUGAUGCCCAUCAUCGGCAAGUGUCUGGAAGGCAUUACUAAAGCUGGCACUAAUGUUAAUGAGAAGAAUGACUCCGGGGUUGUAAUAGAGCAGAACAAGUCCGGCUUUGAACGUCCUGGAGAUUUGGAGUUUGAAGACUACAGUCAGGGUAUCAAUCGAGCCUCCUCUGACAGCAGCUUGGGAACACCUAAAGGCCCCUUAGACCUUAUGGGAAAGAACAAGAGCAAAAACUUUUGGCUUUUCAGCAAAAGGAAUAAGCUCUCUUCCUCCACACUUGCUCCUUUCUCUACACCCCCCACCCCUUCACCCCCUAACGGACUCCCUUCCCCCAAGUUUGGCCGGGACCCCCUGUCGUACUGUUUGAAGGAGAUCAAUAAGACAGUCAAACCCAGAAUUUCUUCCUUCCGGACACUCAGGAGAUCGAAACUUACCCCAGAGAGAACCAUGCCCACGGUGACAGAAGACUUUGCCCAUCUUCCUCCAGAGCAGCGCAGGAAGAGGUUACAGCAGAAAUUAGAUGAAAUUUGCAAAGAAUUGCAGAAGGAAGUAGAUCAGAGUGAAGCACUUGGAAAGAUGAAAGAUGUUUAUGAGAAAAAUCCUCAAAUGGGAGAUCCAGCUAGUCUUGCAUCCCAAAUCAGCCAGACGUCCCAGAAUAUAGAGCGGCUCAGAGGAGAGCUGAGCAAGUAUGAGAGUUGGCUGGCUGAGGCAGGUGGACGAGGCGACACACUGCGCUAUAAAACCCACACAUUUAACAAUAAUGGAGCUCAUGAUGCACACAGCCCUGAUGGAGCUCAUUCUGAUGAAAGCACCCCUGAUGCCUCACAAGCCAUUUAUGCCGAGUUCGAUGAUGACUUCGAGGAUGAGGAACUAGCAGCUCCUAUUGGCAAAUGCACGGCCAUGUACAGCUUCCCAGGUGCCAGUGAAGGGACCAUUUCUAUGCAGGAAGGGGAGGUGCUGGCUGUAGUAGAAGAGGACAAAGGGGAUGGGUGGACCCGUGUUCGAAGGAACAAUGGCGAUGAGGGCUACAUACCUACAUCUUAUGUCACCAUCACCCUAAGCAAAUGAGGAACAAGAGAAAGAAAUAUAAAAAAUUUGCAAAACUGUUUGCAGUUCUUCUCUUUGGACCAGUCAUGAGGAUGGCAUGCAGCUAAUGGGCAGGACUGCCUGGGCAACCAGAAAGACCCAAAUCAAGUGCUUUGAUUUCUUCAGAGGCGCCUAGAGGAAUGGUGCUAACAUUCGGUUUCUUAUGGCUUGCAUUUAUGAAAUCCUAGUUACCCAAUACCAAAAGCAUGGAGAUGUUAACUUUCUGCUGUAAUUUCACCAUACAUUUUUGGUUUUGGUAAAAAGUCUUGCUCACAUCUUAUACACCUUUAUAGUGCAAGCAAGCAUUUGCCUCCUUCCACGGCCUAAUGAGGCUUUAGCUUCUGAGAGGUAGUAGUAAAGGAGAAGUAGAGUGGGAAGAGGAAGAGAAUUAGUGCUGCUGCCAUUUUUACACUGAGUGUUAAUAUCUGUAACACUUUGGAACAAAUUAACACCUGUUUACAUUUUCAGUUAGAAACUGACCAGUUCUGGCCCACGGCAGCCCACUUCACUGCAGAAACCAGAAAAUAUGACCUGUUUCAGUUCUCCUUUGUCUCAAGUGUGCCAAUUUCUACUUGCAAUAGCACUUGGGUGUUGAAUGAGCUAUGUGGGGGAAGAUCGUAUUGCUUUUGAAUUUCAGAAGUUUGAGAGGCCAAAGGUGUGGACAACUCUCCUGUUGUGGUAAAGCACAAAAACACAACCAUGUACAGACUAUUAAUAUUCUGACAAUCACAGCCAUAUCGCCAUAUAAUUUCAGAUCAUUAUCAAUAGCAAGGAAAUAAAGUAACUGUUGUUUUCUAACAGUCACAGCCUGAAAAUUUUACUAAAAUAAUUUAUUACAAGUGUAUUAAAAAAUAAUCUUUGACUAAAGUUGUACUUUGUAUUAAGGAAGUUCUGACGUUGGUCUUUUCUCCUUGCACACAGUGGACAGUCCUUAGCCACAAAAGGGAUUUAAAAAAAUGCACACAUAGAAAAUGCUCCAUGAAGUCUAUUAUAUUUAUAAUAUAUAAUAUAUAUUUUAGCUGUCACAAUACCACUAUUGUCUUAUUAGCUUUUAGCUUUUCAAAUAAAGUUUUUUUUUCAUUGCAAAAGGAAACUUAAGGCAUCUAAUUUUGUUGCAAAUAUUUUAUUUGGAUUUACCUAAUGUGUUCAGAAGUUGUUACGUGUCAUUUUUUAAUUUUAUUAUGAAGCCAGCAACUAUCUUUCCACUUCAUGCUAAUGUGUCUUUGGUGCCUUCCUGGUUAAAAUAUGUUUUCCCAUUUUUGCAUACAAGAUAUUUUUUCCUUUUUUCAAGACUUAAUAAAUGUAAAAGCACAUUUCAAUGUUAGAAGUGAUUAUGUCAUCUCUGGACUUGGAGAAAUAAACAAUUAAAACACA